AUGGAUUUCGAUAGCUUGAACAUGCAGGCUAACGAAUUGAUACACGGGGCUUCGUCGCUUUUCCAGAAAGUGCCAGGCUCUGCUGUUUUAAUUCGCUACAUUCAAUCAAGCUAUCAGAACGACCCUGUUCGAUCUGCUAUCGAACUCAUUCUAGUUCUCUUUUUCAUUCGAUAUCUGCUAUCGCCAUCCUACUCGACGCAUAAGCAGAACUACGUCAAAUUAAAGGAGGAGGAAAUUGAAGAGCUGGUGGAUGACUGGACUCCUGAGCCUUUAGUUUCCGAACAGACGCCAAUGGAGGAAAUCGACAACGAGAAGCUUCCAAUAAUCGUUGGCCCGACCGGACCCAAAGUGAAGCUAUCCACCGGCCGAACAGUUACGAACCUCGCCUCGUACAACUUUUACAACUUCAACUCGAACGAGCAGAUCAAGGAAAAGGCAGUUCAGACCCUUCGUACCUAUGGCGUUGGACCUUGUGGCCCGCCACAAUUCUACGGCACCCAGGACGUUCAUGUCAAAGCGGAGGCUGACAUCGCCGAGUAUCUCGGUACGGAGGGCUGUAUUGUAUAUGCUCAAUCUUUCUCUACAGUCUCCAGUGUUAUUCCUACAUUCUGCAAGAGAGGGGACGUCAUCAUUGCAGAUAAAGGCGUUAACUACUCCAUUCGCAAAGGCCUCCAAGCUUCGCGAAGCAACAUCAAAUGGUACAAUCACGGCGACAUGGACGAUUUGGAGAGAGCUAUGAAAGCUAUUGUCAAGGAGCAAGAUAAGCUAAAAAAACUGACCCGCCGUUUCAUCGUGACCGAAGGAUUGUUUGAAACGACUGGCGAUGCAACCGAUUUGCCCAAACUUGUCGAGCUCAAGGAAAGGUACAAAUUCAGAAUAAUUCUGGAUGAAACCUGGUCGUUCGGUGUGUUGGGCCGUACGGGCCGCGGCCUUACGGAAGCGCAGAAUGUUGAUCCCCAACAGGUCGACAUGAUUGUCGGGUCCCUCUCGGGCCCUCUUUGUGCUGGCGGAGGCUUCUGUGCUGGUGCGAAAGAUGUCGUUGAACACCAGAGAAUCACUUCAUCUGCUUACACCUAUUCAGCGGCGCUGCCGGCGAUGCUGGCAAUGACAGCCAGCGAGACUGUACAUCUUUUGCAAUCAAACCCAGAGAUUGUUAAUCAGUGUCGCGAGAAUAUCAAGACUAUGAAGCUUCAGUUGGACCCUCGUAGCGAAUGGGUUACUUGCACAAGCAAUCCGGACAACCCUAUCAUACUCUUAGUCUUAAAAGCUGAGGUGAUCAAGGCACGCAAUCUCAGUAUUGACGAUCAAGAACGCAUCUUGAUAGAUUGCGCCGAUGAGUCAUUGGCUAAUGGCGUAAUGAUCUCUCGACUCAAAACUCGCAUGUAUGCGAAUGCAAUGACAGCGAGGACGAGUGAUUGGUUCGUCCAACCCGCUCUCAAGGUCUGCAUCACGUCGGGGUUAUCGAAAAAGGAUGUUGAAAAAGCCGGUGUUACCAUCCGAAAUGCCAUCAGCAAAGUAAUGACGCGGAAGUUGAGCGGCAAAUCCAUGUGA